AUGAUGGAUACAAGCAUCAGCAACAUUCUGUGUAGUCUACAAAAGAGUGGAACUUUUGUCAAUACCUUGAUCGCAGCUGUAACGACAUGUGGACAACAACUUUUCUCUUCUUUCACAUUUAGCUGCCCUUGUCAGCCUGGAAGCAACCUCUAUUAUGGCUCAGCUUUUCUCUUCAUUCCAGCUCUGCUCCUCCUGAUUAUUGGCUAUGCUAUGAGCAGUCAAACAUGGAUGAUAACCAGGGAAAGCUGUUGCAGCUCUUCUCCUCAUCUGCGCUCUGUGAAUGCCCUGCAGCGCAAGCUUGCCUGCCUCACGUUCUUUAACAUUACAGGGAGAGCUCUGGUAGCUCCGCUAACAUGGCUGGCAGUGGCUCUGCUGACAGGUACCCACUAUGAGUGUGCAGCAAGUGAAUAUGCCUCAGUAGAAGAAUAUGAUGUGUUUAACAAUUUCAGUGGCCCUGAACGCCAAGAGAUCCUGGCUGAAUUUCCGUGCUUCGAACAGAUUCCUCCUGACAUGCUUACGGUGAGAAAUGAAGUGGCUCUUCAGCUCAGGUAUCAGUCACAGAUGUUGGGCUGGACUUUAAUUGCAGUGGCAGCUCUAGUGGCCUUCCUUUCCUGCUGCCUGGCAAGAUGCUGUUCCCCACUUACCUCUCUGCAGCAUUACUAUUGGUCUACUCACACCCGAAACGAGAGGCAACUGUUCGAACAGGCUGCAGAACAGCACUCCAGAAUCCUUAUCAUGCAACGCAUCAAGGAAUUAUUUGGUUUCAUGCCUGGGUGUGAAGAUGUCAGGCAAAUUCGGAUUCCUUCCUGUCAGGACUGGAAGGACAUUUCAAGACCCAGCCUCGUAUGCAUUACUGAUAAUCAGCAAGGUUGCUACAAUUUCCUUGGGGAGAGAGUAGACGUGAAUUUUGAAGACGGAAAAUCAGAAGCUAUUGAACUGACAUCCUGA